AAGAACGCGAUUUUCAACCAAGCUCGCAUUAUUUACACUUUUAAUUUGUGCUCCGUUUUUCGUGAAUUUCACAGAAAAUACCGUGCCGAAUCGUGCCAUUCGUGUUAAACUCCGUAGAGUAGUGCCCGCGCCUAUCGCUUGCCGCCGCCGCAAAAAAAAAAAAAAACAGGAAAAAGAAGAAGACUGCGUAAACAAAAAACGCUUCCCGGCCGGAACAGAACCGAAACUAGCCAGCCGCACCAAUGAUGGUCCCAAUAGGCGGUCCCGUCGGCCACGGUGGCCACCCGAUCCACAUGCCGACGCCGAUACAGAACGCGCCGCCGCCGGCCCCGAGCCAGCACAGCAGCUCGUCCAGCAGCCAGAACCGACAGUCACUUUCCGUGAAGCCAAACUAUACUCUUAAGUUCACCCUUGCCGGACACACCAAGGCCGUGUCCGCCGUCAAGUUCAGCCCCAACGGAGAGUGGCUGGCCAGUUCCUCGGCCGACAAGUUGAUCAAGAUUUGGGGCGCGUACGAUGGGAAGUUCGAGAAGACAAUUUCGGGCCACAAGUUGGGCAUCAGCGACGUGGCGUGGUCCAGCGACAGCCGGCUGCUGGUGACGGCCAGCGACGACAAGACGCUCAAAAUCUGGGAGCUGAGCUCGGGCAAGUGUUUGAAAACGCUCAAGGGUCACACCAACUACGUGUUCUGCUGUAAUUUCAACCCCCAAUCGAACCUGAUCGUGUCCGGAUCGUUCGACGAGUCGGUUCGCAUCUGGGACGUGCGGACGGGCAAGUGUCUGAAGACGCUGCCGGCGCACUCGGACCCCGUCUCAGCGGUGCACUUUAACCGCGACGGAUCGCUCAUCGUGUCGUCCAGUUACGACGGACUGUGCCGUAUCUGGGACACGGCCAGCGGGCAGUGCCUGAAGACGCUCAUCGACGACGACAAUCCGCCUGUGUCGUUCGUCAAGUUCUCCCCCAACGGCAAGUACAUCCUGGCGGCCACCCUCGACAACACGCUGAAGCUGUGGGACUACUCCAAGGGCAAGUGUCUCAAGACGUACACCGGCCACAAGAACGAAAAGUACUGCAUCUUUGCCAACUUCUCCGUCACCGGUGGAAAGUGGAUCGUGUCCGGCUCGGAGGACAACAUGGUGUACAUCUGGAACCUGCAGAGCAAGGAGAUCGUCCAGUGUCUGCAGGGCCACACCGACACGGUGCUGUGCACGGCCUGCCACCCCACGGAGAACAUCAUCGCGUCGGCGGCCCUCGAGAGCGACAAGACGAUAAAGCUGUGGAAGUCGGACACAUAAAAUUGGGCCGGCCGGAGGCACUCGUCGGGCGGCUGUGGCCAUCCCAACCAUCACCACUCCAGCCAUCAUCAUCACCACCACCACCACAACAACCACCACCAAAACCGCUGAUGAGUGUGUCUCUGAAGACUGCUUUGUUCCAACAAAACAAAAAACACUUCAUUUUAAAACCCAUCUCAUGCUUGAAAAAAAGAAAAAUGUACCAUUGAUAAACCACACCUCAAGAUUGAGAGAAUAUGCAUUGUAACUGAUUAAAUGUAACGCGGCAAGCAAGCAAUUUUGCACACCCUCAACAUAAACAACAACCCUUUAAAAAAAAACUCUUAGAAUUGAAAGGCACAGUAAAUAAUACCUAAUUGAUAAAGUAUGAUUGUAUUCGAUGUAGUAUGG